AUUGAUACCUGAUGAAAGCUCAUAUUUGGCGCCCUUCAAAUGUUGCCACUUUUAUUCUGGACGAGCCAAAGGCAAACGGACUUCAAAAUAGAUUUUUUUCCCGCCAGUUUGAUGACUCCGACAAUACUGCCCAACUUACUUUAUCUAAUACUGCAACUUUCUUCUCACUAGAGGAUAAACCAGAUCAAAGUUUUACCAUAUCUAUAACUCCAAUAAUAUCACGUCUUAUAGAAGACCUGUGCACAUCUCAGUGUGCUGCCCUCGGCAGCUAAGAUCAAAGUUGGCGAUCAGUAGCCAUCUGAGAGCACUUGCGCGCUGGGCUGCUGCAUCCGCGUCUCGCCGCCACAACCACAACCAUCAUCAUCACACACUGGAGCCGGCGAUGGAGGCCCAGAUACUAAAAGUCGACACCAGCCAAGAGCUGGGCCGGUUCGCACCGGGCCAGGGUCCGGACGGGGCGCCGUCGCUGGACCGGUGGGAGGUCGCCGGCACCGGCACCGCGGCCGGGGAGACGAUGGAGCGGCUGCGGGCCGCGGCGGCGCACCUGCGCACGAGCGACGUGCCCGUCGCGUUCCCCACCGAGACAGUCUACGGCCUCGGCGCAGACGCCACCCGCAGCGCCGCCGUGAGGGGCAUCUACGCCGCGAAGGGCAGGCCCUCGGAUAACCCGCUGAUCGUGCACGUCAGCGACCUGGCAAUGCUGCGGGAACUGUUGACGCCGCGACCGGAUGAGGUUACGACGACGGCGGAGGGAGCAACAACAACAGCAGCAGCAGCAGCAGGAACGGGUCUCACCAACGGAACCCACACACGCACCAACGACGACCACGACCACGACGACCCCAUCCCGCCCAUCUACCGCCCCCUGAUCGCCCGCUUCUGGCCGGGCCCGCUGACGAUCCUCCUCCCGAACCCGUCCCCGUCGCGCCUGGCCCCCGAGGUGACGGCCGGGCUUCCGACGUUCGGGGCGCGCAUGCCCGCGUCUGCGCUGGCGCGGACGCUGAUCCGCCUCGCGGGCGUGCCGCUGGCGGCCCCCUCCGCGAACGCGAGCACGCGGCCGUCGCCGACGGCGGCGCGGCACGUCGCCGAGGACCUCGGCGCGCGGACGGGGCUCGUCGUCCUGGACGGCGGGGCGUGCGGCGUCGGGGUCGAGAGCACCGUCGUCGACGGGCUCUGCGUGCCGCCGGUGGUGCUGCGGCCUGGCGGGGUGGGGAUCGAGGAGUUGAGGGGCGUGGAGGGAUGGGAGGGGGUGAGGAAGGCGUACCUUGAUCGGAGGGAGGGGGCCGAAGGGGAUGCGCCGAGGGCGCCCGGGAUGAAGUAUAAGCAUUAUAGCCCGAGGGCGAGGGUCGUGCUGUACGAGGCCGGCUACCGGGGCGGAGGAGGGGUUGGGGUCCUGGAUCCGGAGGAUGUCGAGGUUGCCCGUGGGGCCGGCAAGGGCGCGGCGCGGCGGAUUAUCGGGGUCAUCAGGACGAAGAGGUGGCCGGCCGCGGGCGGACUGGACUGCGCGAACCUGCAAUUCGUCAGUGACGGGGUGGAGGGCGAGGUCGGAGCGGCCAACGGAUCCGGGCCGGCGAUGUACAGCCUUAUCGAGGGGGAUCUGCGCGGGCCCGAUGGCGGGGCGGGGGCAACGAGGGUGCUAGACCUGGACCUGGGCCGGGAUAUAAAGGGGAUUGCCCAGGGGCUCUUCUCCGCGUUGAGGGACCUUGAUAGGCGAGGGGCAGACGUGAUAUUCGUCGAGGGAGUCGGUGAUGGGGACGACAUUGCAGCGGCAGUUAUGAACAGGCUGCGGAAGGCGGCUUCUGACAUUAGAUUAUAGACAGCCUAGAAUAGAGAAUAUUGCUCCAAUGCAUACAGAUUACGUCUACGGAUCUAUGUAUAUAUUCUCUUCUGUUCUCGCUGCCGAGCUGUGAAGCUUACAGGCAAUCCAACCUCUCUACUACAAGCCCUGCCACCACCCUGCCGACUUCUGAC